CUGCAACACUUGGUCGUGCAGAAACGCUCAGGGUUGCAGCAGAAACACUCCCCGUAUUUUUUCUUUUCAUAUUUAUAAGCGCAUCAUAUCCCAUUUCUAUUCUUUCCGAGGUUCUUUUUGAGGCCAGUUGCAUGCAUUGUUCGUCUCCAAAAAUGGUUUGCGAGACUAAAAUUGUUGCGGAUGAACAUGAUGCCAUACAAGGGACCAAAAAAGAUUCUAUUAUCGUUUCCUCCUCGCAAAUGUGGACUUCUUCCACACCAGCACCGAAUCCUCUCGAGGAAAAUUAUGUGCGGAAAGAUAAGGUUUUUAUCCGAGAGUUUGAGCGCACGGACCAUGUGGAAGUGCGCCGCAUCUUUUAUGAGGGGAUCAUGGAAAGAAUACCCAACACGGCAUUCAGGGGCAUAUUACAGCAAACUCAAACUCAAUUUUUGUAUGCUCUUCUGACACUAACGUGCUUUGUUGUGACCAAAUCCUUCGCAUUGACCUGCUGUGUGCCAUUCAUUCUUAUGGGUGCGCGCUACUACUACAGCAGCAAAGUUAUCCACAACUAUCUGGAUUGCGCGCUCCACACGGACAUGGCGGACAUAGAAGAGUAUUACAUGAAACCUGCAGGAUCUUGUUUCUGGGUGGCGGUGCUGGAGGGUCAGGUGGUCGGAAUCGUGGCGGCGCAGGGCCGGGAGGACGACAACACGGUGGAGCUGCGGCGCAUGUCGGUGGACUCACGCUUUCGUGGCAAGGGCAUCGCCAAGGUCCUGGGGCGGCGAGUGUUGGAGUUUGCGGUGCUCAACAACUAUGCCGCCGUUGUCCUGGGAACCACUGCCGUCAAGAUGGCCGCUCACAAGCUGUACGAGUCGUUGGGCUUCCGGCGGACGGGCGGGAGCGAGGACUACACACUGCCCGGCAUGAGCCGCUCACCGCUCGAGAGGCUCUUCUUCCAGAUCCGCUACCAGCGCUACCGCCUGCAGCUCCGCGAGGAGUGAGGGAUGAGAGAGAGGGAGAGAGGGAUGGAGAAAGAGAGGGAGGGAGCAAUGACAACUCCUCUUCCUCGAAACAGAGCCCCUCAUCUAACAAGCCCCGACCAAGUCCUCAAUCAAUCUUUAUUUAUUUUGUAUCAUUAGUUUCUUCUUACUACUUACCACUACUAUUUCUAUUCAUUCUUCUCAAGUCACUAACUUUUUAUGGGUUUUUGUAUUAUUCUUUGACAUUUUGGAUUUACUGUUUUACCCCCUUUAAGUAUACUUAUAUUUUUGUGCCUAUUUCUCUCCCCGUCAUGUGGUAAAAAACAAAAAGAUUUCCCUAACAUACAUCAUAAUCUCUACCCAAAUCCCCAACUGAGUACUCCUGUUGCUUUUAAUACCAUAAGAUUGUAAUCAGUUUUUCUUUCACCAUGAGAAAACACCUUACCCCUUCUCACUAUUCAUCACAUGUAGGCCCCUCCUAGCCACCCCUAACACCUUCAGAACACCAAUCAGAGGCUUCACGAGGAGGGUGGAGUUUUAGGAAAUGUUCAGAUGCAAAUACACUAUAUAAUGCAGAACAGACAUCGUUGGAAAACGGAUGUUUGUGUCCACUCUAUAUGUGCUGUUUCUAUCUGAAUCGUUUCUCAACUGCAUCUGGUCUGUCAUCAGCCCACCUAAAUGCCCUCUUCAUUCCACAACAAUGUGUGUGCCCAUUAGAACUAGACAAAAAGACCAAGUAGGCUGGCAUUUCUCCAGCCACUUCAGCACAGUCAAUAUUGAAGCACAGCAAGCGGCAUUUAUUCCAGUGCACUGUACCAGGCCUGUGGAAGGACAUGAGGAACAGGACGGGUAAUGUGGAAUCCACACUGUGGAUCCUGCAUAGGCAGGAAACAAACACACAGCUUCUGUUCCAAAAUGGUGCGCUAUUUUCUAUAUUGUGCACUACUUUGAACCAAGGCUUAUGGGUCUAUAGUGGUGCAGUGUAGGGAAUAGGGUGCCAUUUGGGACACAGCCGGAGCCUUUUCUGUUUUUUAAACCCUGCUUUCUGAAAGCCUUCUUCUCUCACAAUCUCCGCCAUCUUUGGUCAUGCUCUCUUGUUCUCUCUCAGAACACUCAGAAUGGAUUGUAUAGAAUGACAAUGGAUUCUGAUUCUAUAAUUCCAUUCCAACUGCAUGGGAACUUUGGUGAGGGUCCCUGAUUGGUUGGGGAGAUGUGAGGGUUGUUUAGGCCAGGGGUCCCCAUGAAGGGUGAUAACUAGUUAUUGAAUAUAUUACUAAUUGAUCAUGUUUUUUCCUAAAGAGUAAAUCUAACCUAAGUCAGCAUAGAUUUUUAUUUGCAUUUAUUGUUUACUAAUAUAAUGAAACUAAAUAAUAACAUUUUGAUUAUGUUUGGGUAUUUUACUGAAAAGAGAUUCAAGAGUUUUUAAAUAACCUCAUUGCUACUUUGUAGUCCUAUGGAUACCGCUACAUUGUAACCACAAUCUAAUAUACGUUUCCUUCAGUUCAUGGGCCAACACUACUUGGGUAGGCCUAAUACAUUAUUAUAAACAUGGUGGUCUUACGGUACAUGUGGCUGACUUAACAAAAUGUUUUCGAGCACACGUUUUUCAAUUUGAAUUUAAACGCAAUACUACAGGUAUAUUAAUCUCCUGUGUACGUGUUACUGUGUGAUACAGUUGGAAUACUAUAUCCAGUACGCAGGUAUAUUUAUAUCCUUCGGUGUUGAUGUGUAUACAGUUGGAAUACUAUAUAUACGUUAUGUAGCUGACGCACCCAAAAGACGCCCCCCUCCCUCUCAGUCAUGACGAUAACCACUCUCUCCAUCUCCAUCCCCCCUACCAUGGUCACAACCAGCAGAGGGAGAGACAUAACCUCUAGGAGCCGAUUAAUUCGCGUCAAUACUUGUACAAAGAUUAACAAAUAAAAUGCAAAGGAAAAAAAAAUCAUAGACAACGGAGGUCACAAAAAAAAGGUUGAGACAAAAAAGAUAUCAUGAAUCGCACUGAUCCUUCUUGCCUUGACCUCCACUCCCUCUUCCGACCCCUGACCUCCCAUUCAUAAAUCUGUCUGCAACCCUGGGCCGGAUCCCCCGCACCCCAACCCGCGCCCCACCCCAUCUCUGCAUGUGCCAUAGAGUCUUGAUACGCAGCAUUUAUAACAUUUGAGCUUGUAACCCC